UCUGACUACUGUCGGAUAAAGUACUGUCUUGGGUAGGAUCUAGCUUGUUCUUAGCAAGCAGGAAUACCUGCGUAGCCGAUAAACCCCGCAUUUCUGACGUACUUCUGCCUAAGUUAACGUCACAGCUGCUGAUGUAAGAGUGACUUUAAAUAUCGUUACCUUCAGCACUCUUGUUAAAUCCUGGUUUAUGCGGCACCCCCUUGCAUCUUUCCCUUCACUUCCUCAAAGUAGACAAAAACAAACUCUCUGAAAACCCGCCCAUACAAACCCACCCCCCAUUCCUAAUCCACCACCUCUCUUUCACCACCAACAACAAACCAUGCCCUACACACCUCCACCUCAAACAAUUCCCCUUCCGCAAACCUUUCAUCACAACACCACCACCCACAGCCACACCAUCCACUGGACCACCCUCGGCGACCCCUGCCGACCCCCCCUACAAAUCGCCCUAGACGCCGACCUAUCCGACCAAACCGCCGUCUUUGCCGCGCUGUACUCCCACUGGUCCGAGACCUGGCCGGCCGUCUACCAAAAACGCGCGCAUGUGAUCGCCUACGACCACGGGGGGUUGAUGACUCUGCGCGCGCACCUGCUGCAUGGACUUCAAUAUGCAAGUCUGUGUUUGAUCAAUGUGGUGGCGCUGGGGCCGUUCGGGCAGCCUCUCUUCAAGCUGGUGGCUGAGAACCAGGCGGUGUCUGAAGCGUUGACUGGGCCGGUGUUUGAGGGGGUGGUGGAGGCGAAUAUUCGGGAUGCGGCGUUUACUGAACUAAGCGAAGAGAGGAUGGAGAUGUUGAAGGAGCCGUGGGUGCGAAUGGGAGAGGAAGGGCGGAAGGGGUUUGUGAGGCAGAUGAUGCAGGCGAAUUUUCGGAUUACGGAGGCGGUGGAGGGACGGUAUGGUGAGGUUGGCGCCAACGUGCCUGUGUUGGUGGUUUGGGGGGUGGAGGAUCGGUGGAUUCCCGUCGAGACGGCGGAGAGGUUGAAGGAGAGGUUGAAUGCCCGGGAGCUGGUGUUGAUUGAGGGGGCGGGCCAUUUGGUGAUGUAUGAUCAGCCGGGGAGGUUGGGGGUGGAGCUGGGGUUGUGGUUGAACGAGGUGCGGGGGUAGCACUUGUUUUGCUUCUGGGGGUCUGGAUCUGGGCCGAG